UCUUCAACCAAUUAGAUUAAAAAAAAGUGGGCGAGGCUUAUGGCGUCUUCCUCACGAACUGUGACUUCGUACAAAUUGUUUAUUGUCGACCAAGAUGGAGUUCCUUUUGGGAAACCCGUACAGUACCCCAGUGGGGCAUUGCAUUGAAAGAGCCACGGAUGGCUCACUACAAAGUGAGGACUGGACCCUCAACAUGGAAAUAUGUGACAUAAUCAAUGAAACAGAAGAUGGGCCCAAGGAUGCCAUUAGGGCGGUGAAGAAGCGACUGAACGGCAACAGGAACUACAGGGAAGUGAUGCUGGCUCUGACGGUGCUGGAGACGUGCGUGAAGAACUGUGGUCAUCGUUUCCACGCCCUCGUCACCAGCAGAGACUUCAUUGACGGUGUUCUGGUCAAAAUCAUCUCCCCGAAGAACAACCCCCCCACCAUUGUACAAGACAAAGUGCUCGCCCUUAUACAGGCGUGGGCUGAUGCGUUCAGGAGCAGCCCAGAUCUGACAGGGGUGGUCCACAUCUACGAGGAGCUCAAAAGGAAAGGCAUCGAGUUCCCCAUGUCCGACCUGGAGACCCUGUCUCCCAUACACACCCCCCACCGGUUGGCCAGCGCUCCGGAGGGGGAUUCCACCCUGCCCAAGUACAGCGCCCCUCCCCAGCCCCUCCCCAGCCCCCAGCCUCCCCCGCAGGCCGUACCCCACGCAGCCCCACCCUCCUACUCCAGCCCUCAGGUCCCCAACCUCCAGGCCUCGGGAUCUAUCAACCCCACACCGGAACAGAUCUGCAGGCUCCGCAGCGAGCUGGACGUGGUGCGCGGCAACACCAAGGUGAUGUCGGAGAUGCUGACGGAGAUGGUCCCGGGCCAGGAGGAGCCGUCGGACCACGAGCUGCUGCAGGAGCUGAACCGCACGUGCCGGGCCAUGCAGCAGAGGGUGGUGGAGCUCAUCUCCUGCGUGGGCAACGAGGAGGUGACCGAGGAGCUGCUGCACGUCAACGACGACCUCAACAACAUCUUCCUGCGCUACGACAGGUACGAGAGGUUCAGGUCUGGAAGAUCUUCCUCUCAGGGUAUCAACAACGGGGUGCUCAGCGAGGCCACGGAGGACAACCUGAUCGACCUGGGCCCUGGUUCUCCCGCCGUGGUCAGCAACAUGGUGAACGCUCCCCCGCCCUCCAGCCUGCCCCCCUCCCUCAGCGCCCCCGCUGCCAGGCCCUCGUCCCCCGCCUCGCUGGCCUCCAGACUGGCUGGUCUCGACGUGGGUGCUGACAGUGUGAGCGGCACUCUGAGCUCCCUGCCCAGCUGCCAGCCUCCGGCCCAGGACGACUUUGACAUGUUCGCCCAGACCCGGACCGGCGCUGCGACCGAGCCACGCAGGACGGCUCCCGUGGAGGACAGUCUCCCAGGAGCAGGGCUGCCCCCCACUCUGGAGGUACGACAGCCCACUGCAGGAGGGGUUCUGGUUGGUCAGUCCUCUGUCAUGGAUGACAUAGAGGAGUGGCUCGGUACUGAUGUGCAAGGGGACGAAGGGGAGGAGGGCGUGACUAGUGAAGAGUUCGACAAGUUCCUGGAGGAGAGGGCCAAGGCUGCAGACAUGGUGCCCAGCCUGCCGCUGCCCCCUGGUGGAGACCCAGCUGCAGCUGCAGGGCAGGGCACGCCAGGAGGCAGCAGGAAGAAGGCCAGCAGGCCGGAGGACUCCCUGUUCGCCAUGUAGACCCGUCCUCUCCUCCAGCCCUGAGCCCCGAGUCUCUCACCCCCACCUGCCCAGCAGCUCUGGCCCCAGAGUGCUGGGUGUCUGUGCACACACACACCAUCUGUGUAUCUGCUCCUCUGCAUCUCAUCAUCUCGCCACCAGCUGAACAUCCAUCUGAUGAUUCUGUGUGUGUGUGUGUGGGAACAUGUGUCAGCCCAUACAAACUUGUGUUUCCGUUGAAUUUGCUACACUACAAACGACUCCCACCGACUGGUCCAUUUUGAGACACUAUCCGAUGAUGACACCUACCAGUCUGGCAUGGCUGUAACGCACUGAACCCUGCAAGACCAUCAACCCUACCCUGUCUGUCUGAUGGACUGGCUGGUCUCCUUAAGAUGAGACACCCUGUUCUGCCUUGGUGACACGGAGCCAUUUCUGGAGCCGAUUCCUCAAAACACCUUGUUGCAUGCACGGACAAACCCCCACCAUUUAAUCAAACGCAACUUCCAUUUGUAAAAGGGAACUAAAAAGAGGUAAAGGGACUGGUUCUAAGCAUUGAACCUGUAAAGACACCAGUGUAGGGAGAGUAACGUCAUAAAUAUACAUUCAUGAGAUAUGAUGAAUAGGGAAUAUGCUGGACUGUUUUAUUGUGGGGUUUUUUAUUUAGGUAUGUAAUUCUUGCCCUCCCCAACCAAGUCCAUUACGCAGUCUCUGGUCCAGGUUCAGAUCCCCCCCGGGCCUGUUGGGGUUUAAUGCUGUUGUGGUGCUUUGGGUCUGGGUCCGCUGUAGAACCAAGAAUCAGCGAGGUUGUGUUUGUGCGUGUGUUGAAUCGAGCUUUUAAAGGGACAGAUAGGUUAAGCUAAAGGGAGUUUGAGUUCAGUGUGAAGAGAACAUUUGAGAAGUCAAUCAGCUGCUGAACUUUAAGUUUCUAACCGUCUAGAAAAGGAAUCGAUGACAAGUAAAUUCAGUUAUCUCUAUAGAAAAGAUUUUUUUGUUUUUGCUUUCCAUUGCACUGUUUCUAGAUUGAGGCUGAAUGAAAAUCUUUAACAUGACUAGACGAUGCAUGGCUCUGGUCUAUUGACUGAAGGGCUUGCAGGCUAACUAACAAGUCAUUUUGAGUCUAAACACGUUGGUGUUGAUCCACAUGCUGAAACACUAGUCCUGUUGAUGAGACGAGGGAGGACAUGAACAUGGAUAGAGAUGAGGGUACAUCAAGCCAGCAGGUGGACCUGACGACACAGACCUGAUGACACGGACCUGAUGACACCGGGCCGAUGACACGGGCCUUCACACGGAGCUCAGUCUGACGGCCGUGCUGUAACUCGCGCGCCAGCUGCGUUUAACGGACCAAAGUUUCGCGUGUCUGUUGAUUGGUUGUUGUUGAAGGCUUUGUAGGGCUUACAAACGAAAUCUAUCUCUUGAUUCACAGUUACGUGCCUGAUUUCUCUUUUAGAAACCAUUCACACGGCAUUACAGCGCAAUUCUCUUGUCAAUGUAUGCAGAAAGCCCAUGCUUGACUUGUUUCACCUCUUAUAAUAACACUAGUAUAUCCACGAUUUUCAAAUGGGCAUGGAAGGACUCUGAACUGAAUGUUCACUCUCUCCCUCCAGUAAGAUAGUACUCCGUACGUUUGACUGUGGGAUACCGUCUACUGUUGUACCGAGUUAUGCAGUCACAAUGAGCUCACUACUAGUACACCCUCCACCAUCAGCCCACCUUGUAUGCUUGUUCUCAAUGAGGGGAACGUGUUGGGACACUAGAAAUAUGCUAGCUGUAAUAAAUGAGAAAACGUGGAUAAAUAUUGACAAAAGUGUAGGAAUAAUUUAUGAAGCAUUAUUUUCUUGAUCUAGCGGUAUUUGAACGAUCGUUUUAUUGUUAAAAAAAAACUCAUUAGCAAAUUACUUUACCUUUGAGAGGGAGUCUUGUUUGUUUGUUUUUGUGUGUCCUUUUGUUUGUUGAACAACGUGUAGGCUAUAUUGUCACCAUGGAAAGGGUUUCUUGGGUUCUAUUCUGUGUUUUUACAGCGUUCUGUGUGUGUGUUUGUACUUUACCCAUAAGGUAAGGCUGUAUCCCUGGCAAGGCUAUUGGUUGAAUAAAUGCCGACAGCACUUUGUAUCGACAGUUAAAGAAAAGGACUGCUUUAGGAUGCUUUCAACAGCAUACACUGUCAAAAAUGAAGAGCAUUUUCAUUUAUAUAUAUAAUGUUGUCAUCCCUAUGCCCACUUCUUGAAAAACCGAUGUAUUUGUUUGGAAAUACUAAAAGGUACAUUCAUGAGUGUGUGCCAUCUUUUUCUUGCUGUCUACUCUCUCUCUUUCUCUCAGACUCAUGCAUGUGUUGAACUCCAAUAAAACACUAGCAGUGUGUAAUGUA